UGCUGGCGGCCGAGCGCCCCGCGGAGGUGAGGGGCGGGCUGCCCGGAGGGAUCGGAGGAGGAGACAGGUCGGCAGGCGCGGAUGCGGUGGCUGCCCACGCGGCGCUGGGCAGGCAGAGCCGUGGGCGCGUGGCGGUCCGAGUGGGGCACGGCUCCGAGCAGUGGGAGUGUGCCGGUGGGUCCGUGGUCGAACUUUGUCUCCGCCGUAGCGUCGAUCUCCGCGAGCGCGAUCCGAUACCCCGGAUGCACAGGCCCUGAGGCUUCUGGAUCCUCCAAGGACCAGCUAAAAGUAUGAGAAAUCACCAAGGUCUCAUGGAGCCCACAGCACUGCCCGCCCUGAGAAGUGCUGGAAGCUGGGUUUAUCCCCAGGCCGGAGGACCUGUUUUUCCUGUUUCCUGGAGAAUUCCCUGCAUCCUGGUCCAGGCCUAUGCAUUCAUGAAUGAGAAACCUGAGCGGGCUCUGAACAUCCUGACUGUGAGAGCAGGGGCUGGUCAGAAACAGACUGGUGGACUGCAUCUGGCCCUCAGGAUGUAGUGUGCCUGCCCCUGUUGUGAAGUUUUAAAGGUGUGUGGCCACGAUACUCCUAGACCUCAUGCAUCCUCGAAGUUCCGGGGUUCCGAGGUUCUGGGCCCUCUGGGUCCAGGGAGGAAGCCAGGUCAGGUGGCCGCAAAAGCCUUGACUGUGGUGGGGCAGACCUUAACCAAGGGAAUCUAUGGGUACUUGGGGUCCCUCAUGGCCCCGGUCAGGUGGGUGUGUCAGGCCUCCCCACUGAGCCCUGGUUGUGACCCUCGUGGCUGUUCUCCCCACCACCCCUUCCCUUCAGGGCAAUGGCCACAGGCCCGGGCCACUGGAACAGCACCGUCAAUGACACCUGGGGUGGGGACGAGCUGGGCUACAAGUGCCGCUUCAAUGAGGACUUCAAGUACGUGCUGCUGCCUGUGUCCUACGGUGUGGUGUGUGUGCUCGGGCUGUGUCUCAACGCCGUGGCGCUCUACAUCUUCCUGUGCCGCCUCAAGACCUGGAACGCAUCCACCACGUACAUGUUCCACCUGGCCGUGUCCGAUGCGCUGUACGCAGCCUCCCUGCCGCUGCUGGUCUAUUACUACGCCCGCGGGGACCACUGGCCCUUCAGCAUAGUGCUCUGCAAGCUGGUGCGCUUCCUCUUCUACACCAACCUUUACUGCAGCAUCCUCUUCCUCACGUGCAUCAGCGUGCACCGAUGCCUGGGGGUCCUGCGCCCGCUGCGCUCGCUGCGCUGGGGCCGGGCCCGCUAUGCCCGGCGGGUGGCAGCUGCCGUGUGGGUGCUGGUGCUGGCUUGCCAGUCACCCGUGCUCUACUUCGUCACCACCAGCGUGCGUGGCGGCCGCAUUACCUGCCACGACACCUCAGCACCCGAGCUCUUCAGCCAGUUCGUGGCCUACAGUUCUGUCAUGCUGGGCCUGCUCUUCGCAGUGCCCUUUGCCAUCAUCUUGGUCUGUUACGUGCUUAUGGCUCGGCGGCUGUUGAAGCCAGCCUACGGGACCUCGGGAGGCCUGCCGCGGGCCAAGCGCAAGUCGGUGCGCACCAUUGCCGUGGUGCUGGCUGUCUUCGCCCUCUGCUUCCUGCCUUUCCAUGUCACCCGCACCCUCUACUACUCCUUCCGCUCCCUGGACCUCAGCUGCCACACCCUCAAUGCCAUCAACAUGGCUUACAAGAUCACCCGGCCGCUGGCCAGUGCCAACAGUUGCCUUGACCCCGUGCUCUACUUCCUGGCUGGGCAGAGGCUUGUGCGCUUUGCCCGAGAUGCCAAGCCACCCACAGACCCCACUGCUACUGCCCCAGCUCGCUGCAGACGGGGCCUGCACAGGUUGGACAGGACUGACAUCAAGAGGACAAAAGAUGUGUCGAGCAGCAGUGAGGACUCUAGGCGGACAGAGUCCAUGGCAGCUGGUAGUGAGAACACUAAGGACAUCCGGCUGUAGGACCUGAACCCCUGGCGCCUGUGCAAGUUAAUAUUGGGGGUGGGGGGAGUGGGGAGGCUGUGGGGACUAGGAUUUCCUCCAUUGGGAUAGUCUCCCUAGAUAUGCCCCAUUAGUGACUCAUGCCUGAUGGUCAAGGGAGCCGUGACCUCAACGCUCUGUCAUUUGGCAGAAUAUUCUCUGCAGUCAGAGAUCUUAACAGUCCCUACAACCCCAGUCACCAUUUGUAUGUGUGAGUUGGGGAAUAAGGCUUCGUGAAAGGCAAGGGUAAGGGGCCAAUGCUGCCCCUGGCCUGACUCCCACAUAAUUAGCUGUCUGUGCCCAGCAAGGUAUCUAGGCUGGAACCCAGCCUGAUCGAGUCAAAUGGAGAAACAGAUGCAGAGAAGAAAGUGACUUACCAAGGUCACAUAGUCUGGGCCUGAGCUACCUGGGAGGGGUGGAGUUUCAGGGUGAUCAGAGGACCCUGGUAAGGAGCCAGAGCUGAGCCGGAGCUUCCCAUGGAGCGGUCAAGGGCAGGUCUAGAUGCCACAGUGGACACACCUCUGAGGAGCAUCCCCAUCCCUAGAGGUGACUGUAACAUCUGGGAGCUGAUGUCAUAAACUCAUCUGGAGGCUUCCCGGGCCUGGGAGCCAGUUUGAGGCUGCAACUUCUACCGAAGGUGUUGUUGCCUGCCGUGUUGUGCCCUAUUGUGUGGUUUGAGGAUGAGGAUACAGUCUAAGAAGCUCUUACCAUCCACACUGAAGUUCUUUCUCCAACCUCUACUCUUCUGCCACCUGCCUUCCCACUAGCUGCCUCAGUGGUAGUCUCACAUCAGGGAUCCUCUUUCCAGACCUCUUUCCAGGUCAUCCCUCACUUUAGAGCCAAGUGGCUUUGGUGCCUGGCUCUGCUGAGUGCAGAUAGGAGUCAGAUGGAGUCCUGUCCUUGGGAUCCCCUAGUUUAGGGAUUAAUGGCUAUGAACAGUCAUGUGCUGGUAAAUGUGAAACCAUCUAACUGGCUUUCCAGGGGGUGAGGGGAACCCCUUAUCUGUAGCAUUGCUAAUUGCCAUGGUGCAGAUACUCUUGCCUUGGCCAAUUUCAGACCAGUAAUGUGA